AUGACAAGUAUUUUAAUUAAAACCUCACUCAUUUUUCUUAAAAGAUGCCAAUGGUACAUAAAGGCCAAAAUGAAAUCUGAAGAGAAAAGAAGAGCUCAUCUGCAAAAUGGAGAUGUACGUUUCCCGGGAAUCAAGACAUAUAUUGAUCCAGACACAUAUGAAGACCCAUCUCUUGCUGUCCAUGAGUUUGCAAAGGAGAUAGAUCCUUCAAGAAUUCGUAUUGAGAGAGUUAUUGGAGCAGGUGAGUUUGGAGAAGUAUGCAGUGGCCGUCUGAAGACCCCAGGAAAAAGAGAGAUACCUGUUGCAAUUAAAACUCUAAAAGGCGGUUACAUGGACAGGCAGAGAAGAGAUUUCCUGAGAGAGGCUAGUAUCAUGGGACAAUUUGAUCACCCAAAUAUAAUUCGCCUUGAAGGAGUUGUUACCAAAAGAUCCUUUCCGACCAUUGGGGUGAAGUCUCUUUCGAGAUUCCUGAGGGCGGGAUUUUUAAAUAGCAUCCUGGCCUCACAUCCAGUGUCAGGGGGUGGAUCUUUACCCCCCAGCAUUUCCUCUGGCAGACCAGUAAUGAUUGUAGUUGAAUACAUGGAGAAUGGAUCCCUUGAUUCCUUUCUGCGGAAGCAUGAUGGCCACUUCACAGUCAUCCAGCUGGUUGGCAUGUUGCGGGGGAUUGCAUCUGGCAUGAAGUACCUCUCGGACAUGGGCUAUGUACACCGUGAUCUGGCAGCCCGUAAUAUCUUGGUCAACAGUAACCUCAUGUGUAAAGUCUCUGAUUUUGGUUUGUCACGAGUGUUAGAGGACGAUCCUGAAGCUGCUUACACAACAAGCGGUGGAAAAAUCCCCAUAAGGUGGACUGCUCCUGAAGCUAUAGCUUACCGGAAGUUCUCUUCAGCAAGCGAUGCGUGGAGCUAUGGGAUCGUAAUGUGGGAGGUGAUGUCCUAUGGUGAGAGACCAUACUGGGAGAUGUCCAACCAGGAUGUUAUACUGUCUAUUGAAGAAGGCUACAGGCUUCCAGCUCCCAUGGGCUGCCCAGCUUCUCUUCACCAACUGAUGCUUCACUGCUGGCAAAAAGAGAGGAACCACCGUCCAAAAUUUAGUGACAUUGUCAGCUUCCUAGACAAACUGAUCCGCAAUCCGAGCACCCUUCAUACCCUAGUGGAGGAUGUACUUGUAAUGCCAGAUUCACCUGGUGAAGUUCCAGAAUAUCCUUUGUUUGUUUCAGUCAGUGACUGGCUGGACUCCAUAAAAAUGGGUCAGUAUAAAAAUAACUUCAUGGCUGCAGGUUUCACAACUUUGGAUAUGGUUUCAAGAAUGAGUAUUGAUGACAUUAGAAGAAUUGGAGUUGUACUCAUUGGACACCAGAGACGAAUAGUCAGCAGUUUACAGACUUUGCGGUUACACAUGAUGCACAUACAGGAGAAAGGAUUUCAUGUAUGA